GAUCGGCUGUGCGAGAAUCAGACUGAAACACAGCCGAACAUAACGGCAAAAGACGAAAAUGUAGACCUAUAUCAGAAGAGGCGCACAUUAUGGCGAUGGAAGACGGACUGGUGUCUGAAGACGAUAUAUUGCUUCGCUCAGAGAAGGAGUUCCAUGAUGCUGCGAAGAGGAACGACACGGAGAGAAUGCAGGAGCUCAUCAGAAGAGGGGUGGACAUCAAAGUCAAAAAUAAGAUGGACCGUAAGGCCCUUCACUGGGCAGCAGGAGCCGGCAGUGAGCAGGCAGUGCGUCUACUGCUGGACCACGACAUGGAGGUGGAUGAUAUGGACUGCUUCGGUAUGAACCCUCUGCUCUUAGCGGCAUGGUUUGGUCACCUCUCGAUCCUAAAGGUCCUUGUCUCAACUGGGGCGAAGCUCUCCUGUGAAAACAAAAAUGGCUUGAAUCUCUUGCACUGUGCUGCCCAGAGGGGUCACAUCAGUAUUUUGGAGUAUAUCAUGGAAGAUCUGGAAAAUGUGCAGCUUAAUAAAGUCGACAAGUCAGGUAAGACAGCGUUUCAUUUGGCCGCAGAGCAUGGACACCUGGAGGUGGUGGAGUUUCUCAUUGGUAUGGGCUGUGCUCAUGACCUUAAAGACAAGGAAGAAAACACUGCACUGCAUUUGGCAGCUAAGCAAGGCCACAGUGACGUCCUACAGAAGAUCAUGGAGACCGGGGAGAGCAUUGAUGAAAAAAACAUUGACGGCUUGACGGCUUUACAUCUGGCAGCUGAAGGAGGGCAUUAUGAAUGUAUCAGACUGUUGCUGGAGGCUGGCUGCAAUGUCAAUGAACUUACUCAUAUUAACAGGUCGGCUCUUCAUCUGGUGGCCCAGCAUGGCUCAGGAAGAGAGGUCACACUGCUGGUACAGGCUGGGAUCGACCUGGAUUCAGUAGACGCACAACAUACUUCAGCUCUACACCUGGCAGUACUCAACAGCUCCACAGGAAUAGUGAAGGAUCUUAUCGAUGCGGGAUGCGACCUGGACAUCUUUGACAAUAGGCUUCAAACUGCUUUGCACAUAGCAGCAGAACACGGACGGCAGAACAUCGCUGAAAUUAUCCUGAUAUCUGGAGUCAAUCUAAAUCUGCUCGACAAGCAGGGAAAGACGUCACUGGAUGUUGCAGCACGAGGCAACCAUGUGAAUGUCGUUGACAUGAUUAUCAAAGCUGACAGAUUUUACAAAUGGGAGAAGGAAAAUGUGACGAGUGACUCUGACUCUCUGGUGGGAACGAGUCUUACCUUUAAACAAGCUCAUCGACAGGAGACACAGCAUAUCCGAUCUGUCCUAUGGAAGCUUGCCACCAAAUAUCUCAAACCAGGCGAGUGGAAAACACUGGCUUGGCACUGGAAGUUCUCAGAAGCACAUAUUCGAGCCAUAGAGCACCAAUGGACAGGUACAAAGAGCUACAAGGAGCAUGGGCACAGGAUGCUGCUCAUCUGGCUGCACGGAGUGAUCACUGCUGGAGAAAACCCCAUCAAGGGUUUGUAUGAAGAUCUGAUAGGAAUCUCAAGGAUCGAUCUGGCAGAAAGCAUGCGACAGCUUGCAAAUGCGGAUCCGUCUUCUGCUAAAAAAUGCUCUACAAUGUGAGAUUUAUUGAGAAAGGUCUGGACUGAGCACGUACCAGCCAGGAGAUCGGAUGCUCUUCAAAUACACAGCACUGAUGAAACGCACAUACUCCCUAAAAUACAACCUCAGUGAUGUGACUGAGAAGAUAACUUAGCCAUUCACACUCAGAGCAAAUAUUUACAGCAAACAUGACUUU